CCGGCGGGCAAAAAUCACACUUUGACUGUGAGCCCAAAGGAAAAAUUAUAGCCUGAGCUUCUACCAUAGCGGGGUCACACAGCUCACAUUUCCAAAAUGUCGAAAAUGAAGUUUGGUCUCAAUACAUCUCUGAAAAAGUCCAAGCCUCCUAGCUCAAUACCGAAGGCCUUCUUUGGAGGCGACGACGAUGCUGACGAUUUAAAACCAGGAGAACAAGAGACGAAAGACAGCCACAAGAACCGCAUUAACAAGCAGUUGACAAGCUAUACAUCAAUGACCAACAAAAAGAUCGAAGAGCAACACAAGCAAGCACUUGAGGAAGAUCCUAAUAUUUUUGACUAUGAUGCGGUUUACGAUGAUUUGAAAACAGCAGAAAAACAAAAGCAGGAACAACUAAAGGGCAAGGACAAUAAGAAGGCCCGCUACGUAGAAGGUUUGAUAGAGAUGGCAGAGAUUAGAAAGAGAGAUCGAUUGCGAGCAGAGGAAAAGAAAGUUGAAAGAGAACGUGAAGAGGAAGGAGACGAGUUUGGAGACAAAGAAACUUUUGUAACAUCAUCAUAUAAGGCACAGAAAGAAGAACUACGCAGGCUGGAAGCGGAAGAGAGGCGCAAGGAAGAGGAGGAUUCCAAGAAGAAAUCAAUUACCAGCUUUUACAGACAGAUGUUGGAUAAAAGGGAGGAAGCACAUGCGGCUGUGGUGGAAGCUUCUAUCAAAGGAAUUGCAUCAAAGGUCGAAGUACGUGACCCCGAAGAAGAUCAAGAUACCGAUUUGGUAGAAGAAGCACGCAAGGAAGGCAAAGAUGUGGUGCUAAAUGAUGACAAUGUUAUAGUUGAUAAACGUCAGCUACUAGGAGCUGGUCUCAACGUAGCCAGACCAAAGUUUGGUAGCUUCAUGAGCUUGUCGUCAUCUGAUCCACAAACGAAAGAGCGACAAGAGGAAUAUGAAGAAUACAAACGUAAAAAAUUGGCCGAGAGUGCAGCCAAACGAACCGGCAAAAGCGGCCAAACAGAAAGAGAGCGAAUGAGUCAGGAAGUAGAACGACAAAUGGUAGAACGACAAGAACGUGAACGAGGAGUUCAAGAAGAAGCUGGAAAAGCGAACUUCUGAGGAGACCACAAUGAGUGCUAAAGAGCGCUAUCUUGCCAGAAAAAAACUCAAAACCAGCCAGAACUCAACAUAGAACGAAUAUUGUAUUGUACAUUCACUUUCGCCAAUUUAUAUAUUUAUAUGAAAAAAAGAAAAAAAAAAUUGUAAAGCCGUUG